GAGCGAAACAACGGGGGCGCCACUGAAGCAGCAGCCGGACGCGCAGCAGCGAAGGCAGGAACGAGCAGCACAGUGUCCGCAAUACCGCCAUCCAUUGCCAUUAAACCGGCGCCAGACGCGGAUGGCGCGUCGCGCAGCAGUGUGUCGGCCAUCCGCCUCGAAAGCGGAGGGAUGCACCACGAUGGGCUGCGGCGCAUCUAUUCCCAUGUGGCUCAAGAUAACGCGGGUGGCAGAUACGUUUCGAACCAAGUGCGGACGUCCAAGUACACAGUGUACAACUUCUUGCCCAUCGGCCUCUACUUGGCCUUUCGACUGUCGACCAACUUUUAUUUUUUGAUCAUCGCUGUCCUCCAAUCCAUGCCGCUUAUCUCGCCGCUGGGGCCCAUGACGGCCAUCUUUCCCCUCGUACUUGUCGUGUGCAUCGGUCUCUUGCGAGAAGCGAUCGAGGACAGAAAUCGUUGGCUGUCGGAUAAGAAAAGCAAUCUCAAACCAGCUCGGGUGUGGCGCCGCGGCAACGUGCUCGACGUCAUGUGGGAGAAUAUUCAAGUCGGCGACAUUCUCCAAGUCCAUGACAAGGAAAAUUUUGCCGCGGACGGCGUCGUGUUGUCCACGUCCGAAGAAAACGGUGCGUGCUUAAUCGACACGAGCAACCUGGACGGUGAAGCCAACUUGAAGUCGCGCACUGGCCCCGCGAUCACAGCAAUUACGCGCUUUCCCGACGCGUCCGAUCCGGACGGACACAUUCCUCGGUUCACCCUGCAGUGCGAAGCACCGGACGUCGACAUGUACAAGUUUACUGGAACACUCGAAAUCUCGGGCGACAUCCACGCCCUGGACGAACAGCAGUUUAUUCCCCGCGGAUCUACGCUCAAAAACACCAAGUGGGCAGUCGUCAUCGUCGUAUACACAGGCCACGAGACCAAGAUGAUGAAAAAUGCCAAAGAACCGUACCACAAGUUCAGCCACGUGGACGGCAUGGUGAAUCGGGCGGUAGUGUUCAUUUUCGUGGCGCAAGUCAUGUUGUGUGCCGUGGGGUCGAUCUGCCACAAAAUGUGGGCCACGCCCUUCGAGUCGGCCAUCAUGGGCGUCGUGUCACAGUCGGACGAAGAUUCGUUCUCAGGCAUCUUCACCUUUCUCUCGUUUAUCGUGCUUCUCAACACGUUCAUCCCGAGCUCGCUUGUCGUCAGCGUCGAGAUCAUCAAGACGAUCCAUGCCAAUUACAUUGGAUGGGACCGCGAAAUGCGCAAUUCCAAGGGCGAAUGCGCGGCCGCGAUCACGUCGACGUUGGUCGAAGAGCUCGGCCAAGUCAAAUAUUUGUUUUCCGACAAAACCGGCACGUUGACGCAAAACCUGAUGGAGUUUCGCAAGUGCAGCGUCAACGGGUGCAUCUACUCGUCGUCGGAGGUUGACAGCGACUUGAACGUGGUGGCGUCCGCGAUCGGCAUCGGCCAUGUCAUGGACAGCGAAGACGUGAAGAACGUCGUCGAAUGCACGUCGACAACCAGCAAGUCGAGCCAAGCGACAGACUUUAAAGUGUUGUCGCUGGAUCACCUGCGCAUCUGCGGCCUCGACGACUCGACCCCCGAGGCCAAGUUUAUUCUGGCCAUGGCGCUGUGCCACACCGUUGUAUGUGAACCGGACUCUGCGACUCCGUCUGUCCUCCAGUACAACGCGGAUUCGCCGGACGAGGCGGCCCUCGUCAAGAGCGCCAACCUCCUCGGGUUUCGAUUCCUCGGUCGCGUCAACCGCAAGGCUGUCAUUGCCAAAGAGCAUCUCAAAAUCGAAACCGCGCGAAUCGAAUUUGACGUGUUGUACGUCCUCGCGUUCAACAGCAAUCGCAAGCGCAUGUCUGUGAUUGUCCGCGAUCGGCGCUCCGACACGAUCCGACUCAUUUGCAAAGGAGCGGACUGUGUCAUCCUGGAGCGAUGUGCCAACUUUGGGUCGCAAUCGAAGGGCGCGAUUGAAGCACAUUUGAAGGAAUUCGCGGGCGAGGGCCUGCGCACGUUGUGCUUUGCCGAACGCGUCUUGGACGAGGCGACGUUUGACAAGUGGGCCAAAGCAUACCGCGAUGCCGAGCUUGCGAUGAAAUCCCGCGAAGAAGCCAUCGAUGCCAUCGCCAACGAGAUUGAGCAGAAAAUGACGUUCCUGGCCACGACAGCGAUCGAGGACAAAUUGCAAGACGGGGUCCCUGACACGAUCGCGCGGUUGCUUCGCGCCGACGUCAAGAUUUGGGUCCUGACGGGGGACAAAGUGGAAACCGCGGUCGAAAUCGGCCGGUCGUGUCAUGUCAUCUCCAAGGACAUGGUCGAAGUCCAGCUCGAUGGCGCGACGGUGCCAGCCAUCGCGAAGAACCUGCUCGCGCUGGCGUCGACUCCGUGCUUGAAACCCCGGGCCCUCAUCAUCGACGGAUUCUCGCUCUCGUUUGCCCUGAUGCCGUCGAAUCGCCGGGCGUUUCUUCAGUUUGCCACGCAAUGUGCCGCCGUCAUCGUGUGCCGGAUGUCUCCGUUGCAAAAGGCAUUAGUCGUCGAGCUCGUCAAGGACGGCGUCGGGUGUGUGACAAUGGCAGUCGGCGACGGCGCCAACGACAUUUCCAUGAUUCGAGCUGCACACGUGGGCGUGGGCGUGAUGGGCCAAGAAGGCAACCAAGCCGUCCGAAGCGCCGACUUUGCGAUUCCACAGUUCCGACAUCUCGACCGCCUCCUCCUCUACCACGGCCGCAUGUCGUACCAGCGCAUCACGCAGUGCAUCAACUAUUUUCUGUACAAGAACGUCGUGUGCACGUCGCCGCAGUUUGUGUACGGCAUCCUGUCGCUGUUUUCGGGAACGACGUACUUUUCUUCGCUGUAUAUUGCCGCGUACAACCUGUGCUUCACCUUUCUCCCGGUCGUCGCCCGCGCCGUGCUCGAGAAGGUCCUCCCUGACCACAUCUCGUUGCAAUUCCCCGAGCUGUAUCAAGUCGGCCACACCAAGGUAAGGGCAGGCUGGGACGAAAGAUGAAUCGCUGUGUCACCCAGGUCGCGUUUUCACUUGCCACGGUGUCUUCGGUUGGCGCCCUGGGGAUUUUCCACGCCAUCGUUCUGACCAUGCUUCCGCUGUACUUUUUGGAAGCGCAUCAAGGCGUCGCGAACAUGGAUCUAUUUACCAACGGCGUCGCCACGUACAUCGGGAUCAUGCUGGUCACGUCUCUAACGAUCUGCCUGCAAACCAAUUACUGGACGACUCUGACCUUGAUUGCGUACGGCGGAUCUCUUCUGGCGUUUAUCGGGUCCACUUUGGUCUACGACGGGAUGGACGGCGACUUGUACGGGUCGUGGGCACGCCUCCUGUCGUCGGCCACAUUCUGGUUCACCAUCGUCCUUGCCAUCGUGUGCUGCGUCCUGCCGCCUCUCGUCCUUCAAGGCUAUCAAGAAAACUUUCUCGAGUAUCGAGCCAACCCGGUCCAUAUUUUGAAACGUACCAAGUUGCGCGUGUGGAGUGGCCACAGCGUGCGGUAGAUUUUCCCUCGCUUGGUUUGACGGCACAACGUUAAGUCCCCAUUGUGAUAUAUCCUUUGUUCGUGUUGGCGCCGCCCGACUCGGCGAACGCUAUUGUUUGCGAG